CAUUUCUUCCUCUUGCACAUGGCGCCAUAGCCAUGGCAGCACUGUACACAUCCCACCCCCAAAGCUCGACUUACGCCACACCCAAGCACACCACCAUGCCAAUCCAACACGACUUCCAACUGCCUGCCGCCGCGCAAGACCUCCCGCUCGCCAACGACGCAACCUCGGAACUCUUCCUCUGCUUCAUCUCCUCCACAGACCCCACAACAAACCAGCCAUGGUGUCCUGACGUGCGCGCCGCGCUGCCGCGCCUGGAGAAGGUAUUUGCGGGCGCUGAUGCCCCGGGGCUGGCGUACGUGCAUGUUGGACAGAAACCUGAAUGGAAAGACCUAGAGAAUGUGUACAGGAAGAAGUGGAAUGUUAAGGCGCUGCCGCAGUUGGUUAGGUAUCAGAGGGUUGGAGGCGAGGUGAGGAAGGUGGGGAGCUUGGUGGAGAAUGACGUUAAUGAUGAUGCGAAGCUGCUUGAUUUCGUUACAAAGUGAAGGGAGGCGGGUGGCUGUCUAGUUUGGAGGGAGAAUCUUUGAGGAAGUGAACAAGUGGGACGCCAUCAGUAGUGUACUGAAGACGUGAUUGGCAGAGGGGUGGAAGUGAGGAUUGAGAAGAGGUAUGGGAUCGUGUAAAGCACUGCUUAGCCCCUGACAUAUCCAUGAUGAGCACGCUCUUGCUGUUCUACUCAGCGGUCCCCGCGAUUGAUAAUGGGAUGGGGAAGUGUUCUCGAUCAAAAU